GGAUUCUUCUUGGGGAGAACUGAGGAGGAUGCAGAGGAGCUGGUUGACAACAUGGUUAAGAGUGAUGCAGUCUACAGUGGAGACCACGACAGAGGCAGUAGAUCUGAUGAUAAGCAAACGAGGAAGGAGUUGAAAGCUCUACAAGAUAAGAUAGACAUCCUCCUUGCUGAUAAAGCUACCCAAGAGCAGCUGCACUUUGUUGGCAACCCAACCCAAGAGACACCAGCUGUUGUCCAUGAAGUUGAAGGUUUGGAAGGUCAGGAAGAGCUGUGUUUCAUCAACAACAAUGGUAGCUGGUACAAGAAAGAGCCCAACUUUCAGUACAACAACUACCAACAGAAAUCCUAUUCCAACAACCAACAGAGUGGUUACCAGCCUCGAAACAAUCAGCAAGGCAGCUAUCAACCACAGCAAAACCCUCCUCCUGGUUUCAACAACAAAGGCAACAAUUCUUCCCAACAACAAUCUAAUCCCUCUACCUCCACCCCUCAAGUCAGCAGCACUGAUGCUCUACUGAAACAAAUCCUGGAAUCUCAAACAAGAAGUGAGAAGCAUGUUGGCUAUGAGUUGAAGAAUCUUCACUCAAAGAUUGAUGGGAGCUACAAUGAGCUCAACAACAAGUUCAGAGCUUUGGAGAACCAGUUUGCUGCCAUGAACACUCAACAAAAUCGCCAACAAGGUUCUCUACCUGGAAAGUCUGAGCAAAACCCCAAGGAAACCAUGAAAGCUAUCACUCUCAGGAGUGGUAAGGAGUUACCUCAGAGAGCUCUCACCAAGGAUGCUGAGAAACAAAGUGAGGGGGUUGCCAUCACCAUAGAUGAUGAAGUGGUGAUUGUUGAUGAGAAGAUCAAUGACGAGAUCUUGGAAAAGAUAGUGGAAGCCAAAGGAAAAGGAAAGGUUGGAGAAGAGAAGAAAACAGUUAAAGAUGGUGAAGUUGUCACUCCUGCAAGUGAAAGUUCUUUUGUUCCUCCUGCCUAUGAACCUAAGCUUCCAUUCCCAGGUCGAUUCAAGAGGCAGUUGCUAGAGAAGUACAAAGCUCUGUUUGACAAGCAAAUGAGUGAAGUCCAGGUCACAAUGCCCAUUAUUGAUGCUUUCAUGCUGAUUCCUCAGUACAGUAAGUUCCUAAAAGAUGCUGUAGCUGCAAAGAAGAAAGAGAUGGAGGGCAUGGUGAUUCUCACUCAUGAGUGCAGUGCUAUCAUUCAGAGGCUGGUCAUACCAAAGAAGCUAGAAGAUCCAGGAUGCUUCACAUUACCUUGUGCUCUUGGGCCUAUGGUAUUCGAUAGGUGUCUCUGCGAUUUGGGAGCUAGUGUCAGCUUGAUGCCCCUAUCUGUUGCUAAGAAGCUCGGUUUCACUCAGUACAAGAAGUGUAGACUUUCUCUGGUAUUGGCUGAUCGUUCAGUUAAGUACCCUGUGGGUAUCUUAGAGGACCUCCCAGUGAUGGUUGGAAAUUAUGAGAUCCCUACAGACUUUGUAGUGCUUGAAAUGGGUGAAGAAGCUCAAGACCCUUUAAUCCUUGGAAGGCCUUUCUUAGCCACAGCUGGAGCCAUUGUUAAUGUGAAAGAAGGCAAGAUUGAUCUCCAUCUGGGUAAAGGGCACGUUCUCCAUUUCGACAUCAAGGAGGUAAUGAGGAGGCCAACAGUUCAAGGGCAGGUGUUCUACAUUGAAGAGAUGGACGCCCUUGCUGAUGAAAUCCUUGAAGAGUUGUCACUAGAGGACCCUCUACAGCAUGCUUUGACUGUAGAGAAAGAGGCUGAGGUGGUUGAGAACCUGGAGAGUACUGCCUAUGGGAUGAUGCUGGAUUCACACCAGGGGUUUUUCAGUGAGGAUCAGUACGAGGAGCUUCCCCAGAUGGUUCACCAAGAAGUCUCAGUCACUCAACAAGAGGACAACCAGCAAGAUGACUGGAGUGAACUUAAGGCACCUAAAGUGGAGCUUAAACCUCUUCCCCAUGGUGUAAGGUAUGCAUUUCUUGGUCCUAAUGAAACUUACCCUGUCAUUGUGAGUAGUGAACUUACUGAAAGUGAGCUAUCUGAACUUUUGAGAACACUUAAAAGAUUUAGAAAGGCAAUAGGUUACUCACUAGAUGACAUCAAGGGGAUAUCACCCUCUCUGUGCAUGCAUAGGAUACAUCUUGAGGAUGAAUCAAUGACUUCUAUCGAGCAUCAAAGAAGGUUAAAUCCUAACCUGAAGGAUGUUGUAAAGAAAGAGAUUCUUAAACUCCUAGAUGCUGGUGUUAUUUACCCUAUCUCAGAUUCUAAAUGGGUAUCACCUGUGCAUGUUGUACCAAAGAAAGGUGGUAUCACUGUGAUUAAGAAUGACAAGGAUGUCAUUGUCUACACCGAUCAUGCUGCCUUGAGACACCUUUUGGCCAAGAAGGAUGCAAAACCCAGGCUUUUGAGGUGGAUCCUUUUGCUCCAAGAGUUUGAUAUGGAAAUCAAAGACAAACCCGGAGUUGAGAAUGGAGUAGCUGAUCAUUUGUCCAGGUUGAGGGUAGAGUCUGGUAUCCCUAUUGACGAAGGACUUCCUGAGGAGCAGAUCAUGGCUAUCGAAGCAGUGAUAGCAGUCUGUGAGACUGGUAGGAAGCUGGAAGAAGUCCAAGCAACAGAGGAGAAAGAACCUUGGUAUGCCGAUUUAGUGAACUACCUAGCCACAGGAAGAGAACCUCUGAAUCUUGUGAAAAUGGUUAAGAAGACAAAGGGAAGGUUGGAAGCUGAGAGGCAAGAAGCCGAAAGUCAAGAGUUUGCACUAAGAGGAAAAGCUUUAACCAGCGAGCCAACUGGCUCAGGGACGCAGAGGACUGUGCGACAGCAGACGUUGGCUGCAAGGAAAUCGAAAGAACACGAGAAGAGGGCAGGGAAAAGUGUACCAGUUCCCACCCAUGAGGAAGGUGAAACUGAGAGUGAAGAUGAGCCGGCACCUACGAAGAAAGCCAAGAUGUCAAAGGGCAAAGGGGUUGCUGUUGAUCGAGACAGAGCGAAAACUCCAUCUGUGGAGGAGCUAUAUGAUCAUUUGAAGAAUGGAGUCACUUGGGCUCCAACCAGGUUUGCCGACCUCGAUUUGCUGAAGGAGUUGGGUCUAGAGUCUGAUAUUGAGGAUGUCACUUGUCAGUUCCUAUCCUCUCUUGUGGUCACUUACCACGACACGGCGCAUGUGAGACAAGGAUGGGGAAAAAUCAGGUUCAAGGUCAAUGGAAGAGAAUACAACAUGAACUUCAAGGACAUUGGGAGGGUCAUGGGGUUCCAAGACCUAGAAGACCACUCACUUCCCAAGUGUGAGAACCUCCCCACAGAGCUCUGGAAGUUGAUCACUGGAAACAAGCACUCUACCGGGGCGGACAAGAACUCACACAUCCGACACCCGUCUGUACGCUACCUCCACAGAUUGCUAGUCCAUGCUUUUUACCCACGGAAGCAAGCUGGAGUACUUUCUCGGAGAACACGGGCCUCUCGAUCCAAUUCAAGCAGCUCCAUCAAGGAAAAGGAGUGUCCCUACGCAACCUGA